UCCUCCUCCUCCUCCUCCUCCUCCUUUACUGCACCGCCGAUUUCCGGUGAGUGUUUGGGCGGCAUUUGCGGGUGUGCAUUGGUGAAAUGGUUCCAGAAGGGUGAUUCCGAUGAGUACGGCGGCGGGCCGAUGGUUGCAGCGCCGGCACUCAAUGUCAUCUCCGCCAUUGAGGGAGGGAGAGACGGUCGGUUUGUGAAGGAAUCAUCGUCGGAAUUAAGGGGUUCGCCACCAAAUAGGAGGAAUUGAGUUCGAGUUUGGGAGUUCAAUCAGGCAUGACGUAAACCAACCUCUGGUGAAGCUCGAAGGCAAGCCCAAAGACACAAAGCAACCUCAUUGUGAAGCUUGUGGGCAAGCCCAAGACGCCAAAGGCCAUAAAUAGGUGAGGAGGCAGAAGAAUUGAUAUGAACAAUUUAAUGUGUGGGAUCCAACAUGCCUCUACUUUAAAUGCCUAGAAAUGGGUAGCCACGCAUUUAUUAGCUUCAACUAAACUCUCUGAAUUCUGCUUCCAUGGCUACCUCUUUGUCUUUGUUGGUCGAUCCACUCUGUUUCGAGUAAAGCGCUUACAGAGCUUGAAGAAGAUGAACUUAGCGUACUGAGCUGGUCAUUGACAAUGGCAUUAAAUACCCAAACAGAGUACAGAGGAAAUAAAUUACAAACCAUGACAGCUUUCUACCAUCUCCUUUAAAUAUAUCUCUGCUUCAAUCUCUGCCCUCCAUUGUUGCUCCUCUGUUUUCAAGCUCUAAUUGCUCGAUCAUUUUCGUAGCAAUGUCGGCCGCCAAGGACUACCAAGACCCGCCUCCGACCCCAUUGAUCGACGUUGAGGAGUUUACUCAGUGGUCAUUUUACAGAGCCGUUAUCGCUGAGUUCGUCGCCACGCUUCUGUUCUUGUACAUUCUUGUUCUCACUGUGAUUGGAUCUUCCAAGUUGUCGGACACUGAAAGCCACUGUGGUGGGGUGGGCGUUUUGGGUGUUGCCUGGGCUGUCGGUGGCAUGAUCUUCGUCCUUGUUUACUGUACGGCUGGAAUUUCUGGAGGGCAUAUUAACCCGGCGGUCACGUUCGGGCUGUUAUUGGCUCGAAAAAUAUCUCUAAUCAGAGCUGUUCUUUACAUUAUGGCUCAAUGUUUGGGGGCCAUUUGUGGUUGUGGGUUAGCUAAAUCGUUUCAGAAGGGUUAUUACGUUCGGUACAAAGGUGGAGCCAAUAUGCUCUCCGAUGAGUACAGCAUCGGCACCGGCUUAGCCGCAGAGAUCAUCGGAACUUUUGUUCUUGUUUACACUGUCUUCUCCGCCACUGACCCCAAGAGAAACGCUAGAGAUUCUCACGUCCCUGUUUUGGCGCCACUCCCAAUUGGGUUCGCAGUGUUUAUGGUUCAUCUAGCCACCAUUCCGAUCACCGGCACCGGCAUAAACCCAGCUAGAAGCUUAGGAGCUGCAGUGAUCUAUAACGAAGCUGAAGCCUGGGAUCACCAUUGGAUCUUUUGGGUUGGGCCCUUCAUUGGAGCUGCCAUUGCUGCCAUUUAUCAUCAAGUCAUAAUAAGAGCAGGGGCAGUCAAAGCACUGGGCUCGUUCAGAAGUUCCUCUGCCGUAUAAAUCUUAUCCAGAUCGCCAUCAUAUGAGCUCUCUUCCCAAUUGCUCUGUUUAUUGUUCUUUUCCUCUGUUUUCCCUGCCAUUUAUGUAAUUCUGACUUCGCUUUCGUUUUCGUGCUAAAUUAAUCAAGUGGGUCAAGUUUAUGCUUAAUGAUCAUUAUGCCAUUCGAAUUUA